GUCCCGAGCAGUGCUGGGAAGUAUAGGCUGUGUUGUCACGCCGGUGUCAGUCUGAUGAAGAUUGGCAUCAGGUGAAGUCUGGAGCCGAACUUUAAGGCUUUCUGUUCUCCAUGCUGCUCACUAGAAAAGAAGCUGUGAACUGUGCUCUGGCUACAGCUGACAGGAAGCAUUUCUGGCCCAGCUGGAAGUGAGAAGAGGGGGUGAGCCUUCCAAAGACUAUCCCAGAGCCUGUGGGAUCACCCAACAAUCCUCCAUGUGAAUCAAUCCCAUGAUGCAACAUGCCUCCCCAGCCCCAGCUCUGACAAUGAUGGCCACGCAGAAUGUCCCUCCCCCACCCUACCAGGACAGCCCUCAGAUGACGGCAACUGCUCAGCCACCCUCCAAGGCUCAGGCUGUCCACAUCUCUGCAUCCUCAGCUACUGCCAGCACACCUGUGCCCAGCGCCCCCAUUGACCCCCAGGCCCAGCUGGAGGCUGACAAGCGAGCUGUGUACAGGCACCCUCUUUUCCCGCUGCUGACGCUGCUGUUUGAGAAAUGUGAACAGGCUACCCAGGGCUCUGAGUGCAUCACCUCAGCCAGCUUUGAUGUAGACAUCGAGAACUUUGUCCACCAGCAGGAGCAGGAGCACAAACCCUUCUUCAGCGAUGACCCAGAACUGGACAAUCUGAUGGUGAAGGCAAUCCAAGUCUUGAGGAUUCACCUGCUGGAGUUAGAGAAAGUCAAUGAACUCUGCAAGGACUUUUGCAACCGUUACAUCACCUGCCUCAAAACCAAGAUGCACAGCGAUAACCUGCUCAGGAAUGAUCUUGGGGGACCCUACUCCCCCAACCAGCCCUCCAUAAACCUUCACUCACAGGACCUCCUGCAGAAUUCCCCCAAUUCCAUGUCUGGAGUCUCCAAUAACCCCCAGGGAAUUGUGGUCCCAGCCUCAGCACUCCAGCAGGGCAACAUCGCCAUGACAACCGUCAACUCACAAGUUGUGUCAGGUGGAGCCUUAUACCAACCGGUUACCAUGGUAACCUCCCAGGGUCAGGUGGUCACCCAAGCAAUCCCCCAGGGAGCCAUCCAGAUCCAGAACACACAGGUUAACCUUGACCUCACCUCCCUCCUGGACAAUGAGGAUAAGAAGUCCAAGAACAAACGAGGAGUCCUGCCCAAGCAUGCCACCAAUAUAAUGCGUUCUUGGCUCUUUCAGCAUCUCAUGCAUCCCUACCCCACGGAGGAUGAGAAGAGGCAGAUUGCAGCCCAGACAAACCUCACCCUCCUGCAAGUAAACAACUGGUUCAUCAAUGCCCGGAGGCGCAUCCUGCAGCCCAUGCUUGAUGCCAGCAAUCCAGACCCUGCCCCUAAAGCCAAGAAGAUCAAGUCUCAGCACCGGCCCACCCAAAGAUUCUGGCCCAACUCCAUUGCUGCAGGAGUCCUGCAACAGCAGGGUGGCACUCCAGGGACGAACCCUGAUGGUUCCAUCAACUUGGAUAACCUGCAGUCCCUGUCCUCAGACAAUGCCACCAUGGCCAUGCAGCAGGCCAUGAUGGCUGCACAUGAUGACUCAUUGGAUGGGACAGAAGAAGAGGAUGAGGAUGAAAUGGAAGAGGAAGAGGAAGAAGAAGAGGAACUAGAGGAGGAAGCUGAUGAGCUGCAAACAACAAAUGUCAGCGACCUGGGCUUGGAACACAGUGACUCCCUGGAGUAGUCAGGCAGCCCAGAUGGCACUGGUCACCAAGCGGAAGAGGAGUGUCUUCAGGAGGGUUCAGGGUGGGGGGAGGGGACAUGGGCAGGCAGCACCGAGGAAGUUGGGCCCUAGCUUCCCUGAGUCAGUAGCCUGAAGAAAUGCAGAGGAGAUGCCCUGCUCCUUCCCAGCCAUCAAGCUUCAGUGAAUACCCAGGUCCUGACCCUAGAACUGCAGAGUACUCCAUUUGGCGGGGCCAGUCAAGCAGUCUGUGCAGAAAGAUGGAGUGUGAUCUGGACUCAGCAAAUCCCCGAGGACAGGUGGCACACAUGACCCUGCGUGGAAACAGACUUGAAUUGUUUACAAGCCCUGCCCUGUGAGGUGGAUGGGUGCUGUUUGCAGAGUGGACCUUUGCCAGGGAACAGAUUUAGGAGGGAAAAGGAGAGGCAAAGAGGUCUGAGAUCUUCCCCUAGAAGGAUUGGGGGCAAGUGGGAGCCCAAAUGCAUACCCAGUGGCUGAAGGAGUGGGGUGCCUAAGGCAGCAACAUAUUUUGUAUACCAGAGUGGGACCUAGACUCCACAGGGCUACAGAUUGUCCCACCAGGACCCCCUCUCUGGAUACAGCAACCAUGGACUUCAGAGAGGGGGAAGGAAACCAGAAGGAACUCCUUCCUGUCUUGGAAAUAUAGUCAGUUGGUGGGCUCAAUUUGUAGGAGGUUAAAAGGAAUGUCUCCACCUGGGUUGGCUCCAGGACCAAGGAGGCAGGAGAACCUGGGCCAGGAGCUAUCUAAAGGUGACUUUGGGGACCACAGAUAUCCUUAAGUGAUCACAUGACAGCUCCUGUAACCACAGAACCAUGGUAUCCUACCUUAAAUGUUCCCACCCUCAGAUGAGCUCUGCAGAUGUUCCAGCUUCUCCAUAGACCUUUAGAGGGGUGGGGCCAGGGUGGCUUGGAAUCUUCCCACCCCACACAUCCCAUGAUAUCCCUUUCCAACCAGGCUGCCACCAUCAGCCUCCCUUCUUCAACAUAUCCUUCAGAGAAGGCCGAAGAAACUACGUAAAGAAGCGCUAGCCCAAUGGAAGCCAGGGUUUGGAGAAGGUGCCACAUCUCUCUUCCUGCCAGUACCCUAAAUGGCAGGGGAUUGGCAGCCGAGAGCCUGCUCUGGUUCCCACCCUGCCCACCACGCUGACCUACACACCACCAUUGUAUCUGGCACUGGAAGAAGUGGGGCUCCUAGAAGGCUUUCUACCAUCUUCCCUCACACAUGCCCUGCAAGCCCACCAUUGGCACCCACUCCUCCUGUCCCCUCCCACCCUACUAUGGCAGAGAAUGAUGACAGGACUGACCACACAUGUGUUUUCCAUUGGGUUUAAGUUAAUGGACGUACAGUUUCAUUUGUAAAUUGUGCAUUAGCCAUCUCCUUCAGUGGCAGGAUGUGAGUGGCUACCUGGCUCAGCUGGAGGGAACCCACAGGACCCCCUGAGGCUUCUUCCCUACCUUGAUAGGGCAGAGCAAAAGAAUAGUCACUUUCCUGAGGUGUCCCUUAAAUGAAUGUAUUUCUCCCCCAAAAGAGCUGAUAUUUAAUGUUUUAAUAGGGAUUUUUGAGAAACAAAUAACCUUAUUUAUAAUCUGGGUGAUCCAAUCAUUUUUUACUCCCUUUUGAUGCCAUAGGUAGAGGAAAGUCUAGCUUUUUUUGGCAUGAGACUUUUACAACAUGCAGUGGGAUUAAAAACACAGUUCCUCUUCUGGUUCAUUGUUCUUGUCAAAACAUACACAUACACCUCUUCCACUCACCAUCUUGACAAGCAUACAGCCUGGCCAGAUGUGUAUGCACACACAUGUGUGCACACAUACACGCCCACAUCUCUCCCUCCCAGUCCCCUCCACCUGCCUAAUGUUAUGCAACCUCCUUCUGAUGUAUCCACCAAACCAGUACUGAAUGUGGCCGCAAAGUUUUCAGUAAAUCUUAUCACCUACCACAA